CGACGGCGAACUGAAACCGGUGAGCUGAACUUAAACACAACUAUGCAGUCUGCCAUCACGCUUCUGGGUGUCCUGUUCGGCCUUCUGACCCAGGUGGACACGCUACCUGUUAAGAAUUCUACUGGAGUUCUUGAGGGCAGAGUGAGAUUGAGGAGGAAAUACUCAGAUGAAAUUGGGGACCGCGAUGAAAUGACAGCGAUGGAUCAAAUCCUGGAAGUCAAUAGGAAGGUGCGAGCCCCCAGAGGGAUGUCAUUCAGAGAGGGAGAUAUUGCCUUUUCAUACGUACGGAGUGCUAUAAACUGCCCCGGCAAUGCCUGUCUGUGGCCCAAAUCAGUUGACGGAUUUGUUUAUGUGCCCUACAUCAUCUCUCCACUAUAUGAUGACAUGGACAGAAUCACCAUAGAAACCGGGAUGCAGGACAUUACCUCUGGAACGUGCAUUAAAUUCGUUGGUCGCACCCACGAAGCUAACUUUCUUGAUGUUCAGCCCAGAUAUGGCUGCUGGUCAUUUCUGGGGAAGACUGGAGGAAGCCAGAUCCUGUCACUGCAGAAUCCAGGCUGCAUGUGGUCGGGAAUUGCAGCUCACGAGUUUAUGCAUGCGCUUGGCUUUGUGCAUGAGCAGUCUCGCUCAGACCGAGACCACUAUGUCACAGUUGUAUGGAAAAAUAUCAUGCCAGAUCAUAUACAUAACUUCAGGAAACAGGUGACAAACAAUCUCAACACUCCAUACGACUACAGCUCUGUCAUGCAUUACGGACGAUAUGCCUUCUCUGAGGACGGUGGACCAACAAUUAUACCCAAACCAGAUCCUUACAUUCCCAUUGGCCAGCGAGAUGGACCUAGUGCAUUGGAUCUUCAUAAAAUAAACAUGCUCUAUGACUGUGGUGCUAAUGAGUGAAUGACUCCAGACGACUCUACUAUCGUGUCCUCCCAGAUGUGGAAAAAGUUUAUUAUAACAUUUUGAGUAGAUAAUAUAAGCGAAAUCCUUUUAGAUUGAUUCAUUUUUGCAUAUAGAGUUAUUUCCUUGCUAUUACAAAGACUCCUCUUUUAUUUUUAGAUUAUACCAUGGUUUGUGUUGAUUCACCUUUUAGUGUAAUAUAUUGACUACUGUUAAACUGUCGAUGCAGUUACCAACUAAAAGCUGGACUCUUGUCGGUAUAUAAGUCUGCCUAUUGCUUAAGAAACAUUGAAAAAAAAUAACAUUCAAUUGCUAAAUGUGUUUUUAAAAAUAUUCUGCCUCCUUCUCAGCUUCUUCUCAUUUCAAAUAAAGAAAAUGCAACAGAAUGACUUGUCACAUCCUCCUAUUUCUGCUUUUAAGAAAUUAUCUAACUAACCAGACCCUUAAUAAUUUGGAUUUAAUUUGGACUUAAUAUUGCUUUCAGGGUGAAAUAGUACAGCACAGUUAAUUAAUUUCAGUUUCAGAAGAGCUCAGAUCUCUCAGAAACGAAUGCUUUCAGAUGAACUUGG